AUGACGCGUUUCCGCCCCUGCAUCGACCUCCACGCCGGCCAGGUCAAGCAAAUCGUCGGCGGCACCCUCGACAGCGCCACCUCGGAGCUCAAGACCAACUUUGUCUCUCCCCACCCGCCCGCCUACUUCGCCAAGCUGUACCGCGACAAUGAACUGACCGGUGCCCAUGUCAUCAUGUUGGGCCCCGGAAACAAGGAGGCGGCGCUGGAGUCCCUAAAAGCGUGGCCGGGGGUACUCCAGGUCGGAGGCGGGAUUACGGAUGGGAAUGCGAGGGAGUGGGUGGAGGCAGGUGCUGAGAAGGUCAUCAUAACCUCCUACCUCUUCCCCAACGGCAAAUUCUCCCAAUCCCACCUCGACGCCGUCCUCGCCGCCCUCGACGGCGACAAGUCCAAGCUGGUCAUCGACCUGAGCUGCCGCCGCCAGGGAGACGACAAGUGGUUCGUCGCCAUGAACAAGUGGCAGACUAUUACCGACAUGGAAGUGAGCGAGGAAUCCAUAAAAGCCCUAGAACCCUUCUGCUCCGAAUUCCUCAUCCACGCCGCCGACAACGAAGGCCUACAAAAGGGCAUCGAUGAGAAGCUGGUCCAGAAGCUGUCCGAGUGGUGUUCCAUUCCCGUGACCUAUGCUGGUGGCGGUCGCAACCUGGAGGACCUGGAGACGGUCAAGAGAUUGAGCGGUGGCAAGGUUGACUUGACUAUUGGCAGCGCGUUGGAUUGCUUUGGUGGGAAAGGUGUUACGUUGCAGGAGUGUGUGGAGUGGAAUCGGAGGCAGUGA